AUGUCUACCCUUGGUUCCGAUGUCAAACACCGUCGGACAAGCAGCGGAUCUACAGUCAGAGCUCGGCCCGGAUUCCCUCCUCAGCCCAGCCAUGACAACCGCCCGAGCUCGUCACCACUAUGUAUUCGAGCAACCCUUUGGGUUCAUGAUGAUAACUUCUCUUCAGAGGACGUCUUAAUUCAUCAGUCUCUGUUGGAAGGCACAGAUAUCAAAGAAGGCAGCUUGAUUGAAAUCUACCCCUUACAAGGAACAUCCGAUGUUCGAGAUUUUCAAUCACCCAAUGGUGAGGCUGAUGACUCCAAGCGCAACCUUGGACAUGGGCUUGACAACGAUUUCUCUGUCGACCGAGAUACUCGAUAUCUCUGCGUCGUAAAGUUCGCACACGCUGAGUUCAAUGUGAGACAGGGGCUGCAACUUUCCAUCAAGAACACCAUUGCGACUGCAUUUGGCUUACGAUCAAGAUCAGAUGUUGCAAUUUCGCCGGCGUCUCUGGAAGAAUGCACAGCAUCUCAUAUUGAAUUGGCGUUCAGAGACACAUACCUCGCAAGAUCGGACAUGUGGCGCUUGGUUGGCCAAGAACUCGCCGGCAGGACCGUCUAUGCCGGUCAGAAAAUCAGUUUUUUGGGAAGUACCAAACUUAAUGUCAAGUCCAUCCAUAUCCGAGGGCACAAAACUCCAACCGCAUACUUCUCGGGCUCGACAAUUCCAGUCUUUCGCAGUGAAGCUGCUCGAUAUGUCCUGUUCAUUCAAAUGUCCAGCGAGAUGUGGGACUUCGAUUCGGAAGGGAAUGGCGAAAUCAUGUUCAAUCGAGUGAUCAAUGGAUUUCUACCCGAGCUCUUCAAACGCUGGACAGAAUUAGAUGUUCAUCAUCUCGUCAGCAUUGUCCUCUUUGGACGCCUAGAAUAUGACCGUUUCGACCUUGCCAGAAACAAGGAUAGAAGACUCGAGAUGGUGGCGGAAUCUGGCGCACCAAAUAUGACUGCUCGUCAAUAUCAAGAUUUCUACAGAGUUGUGGUUACAGAUAUGGCCAGUGCUCAAUGGACACUCAUCCUCAAUGAAAUCAAGAAAGACUUUCGUGUCUUCCUCAGAGAUAUCUCACUGCAUACCGCAAACCCUGGAACAUUCUCAGAGUCAAAGAAACCUCAACCAGUCAAGAUCGCAGGAAGACCAAGUACAGCAUUGAAGGGUAACAUAUUGGAGGCAAUUAACAUUGCUUGUUCCCAAUUUGCAAACGACUACGUGGACAGAGAUCUCAUACGUACUGGUGUCUCAAUUGUUGUCAUCACGGCUGGCACUGGAGUAUUUGAAGUCAAUCGAGAUCUUCUCAACCUCACCUCUGAGUCCUUGACCAACAACGGCGUCGGCAUAGAUGUCGUUUGCCUUUCCAGGAUGCCUCUGCACUCUGUGCCAUUAUUCAAGUAUCGAACCCCUGGAAUUGAAGACAAGUACUUGCAUCCUGCGAUAGCUGAACACUCAACAAGCCCUCGAAGAUCUGGAUCAGGUCCCAACUUUUACGAUUCUAGUCAACCUCGGAAGCUUUCCCCAGCCAUUUCCUCAGCCACAUCCAAUAGUACUCACUACAUGGCGAGUUAUCUGUCCCUACAAACUCGUGAUAAUCUCCAUGGAUGGUCUUAUGGAAUUCCACAAUGGGUCGAUCUCUCCUACUGGUCAGCUGAACCAGAGAGUGUGGAUAGCAAGCUCCCUGGAGAAGACUUGCGUGAUGUGGGAGGGCUCAAGAAACCGAAGAAGGGACGAUUUCAACCUCGCGUCAGAAUGUAUGAGAUUCAAAUGAUGGGCAUCAUGGAGUUGGGCAUGGCUGAUAUGAGCAUUCCUUACAUGAGCGAAACUCAGAACCCAGUAUUGAAACGACUGGAUCGCAGAAAGUCUAAAAGUCGGCAUCCGAGUGGGGGUAGAAGCAUCUCCCAUUCUCCGAGCAUGUCGCGGAGUAACCGUCCAGGUACAGAGUUAUUACGACCAGUUCAAGGUCUUUUGUCUACUCAUUCGAAGGCUUUGGGUGACAUUUUCGGUCGCAUGGAUCGUUAUGACACGCGAUUAUAUCAACCGCAGCCAGGUCUGAGGGGAAUAUCCAAGCAAGCUAAACAGCUCCCGAGUAAACCAAGGGCAACAGCAGAAUCGAAGGCUUCUGCAAGUUCACAGAAUCCUUAUCAGAGUCCCGUUGGAGGAUCACAAGGAGGGUCGAGUUUGACUUCGUCUCUCACCAAAAAGCCAUUCAAUAGCCCGUUCAGACCACAAUUGCCAUCCGUAAUAUCAGCAGAUGCGACGACCUCGACUUUAAAGAAGGUCAAAAGUCCUGAGACUUCGAAAGUCAAUCGAACGCUCAACUAUGCUCUACGCGGGCUAGCUCCCCCAAUUCGCGCUCUUGCGAGCACUGAAGUCAAUAUUACGAAUGCUCAAGCGCUUCCGCUCUUCAGCAACCCAGGACAUUCACGACCAACUAUAGCAACAUCUGGCGCGAGUGUUCGCUCGGUCUCCAUGAAAAACACUUUUACUGACGAUGACUUUGGAGACUAUUCUCCGGGAGACAAAUCAUCUAUCUUGACAUCAACAAGGAUUGACGACACACCUUCAAAGCCAAUUCAAAUUAACGGCACACUUCGCCGACACCAUGAAGAUAGAACCAACACAACACAGAAACCCAACCAGCAGUCGCGAGAAAUUCCGACAACACUCAGCCCAAGAGAAGAAGAACUACGGAAUGAUCGAGACUCUGAAUCAACAUCUAGCAGUUUGUCCGAUAGUGGAAGUAAUGAUGAUGGUGAUAGCAUGAGACGCACUGAUAGCUUGUUCCCAACAUCUGUAGCGAGCUCUAUCACCAGAAGUGACCUGACGUCCAUCCGCAAUGUUAACGCAUCAAACCCAUUAAAACGACAUCCUGAGAGGGCGGAAAUGUUCGGUCGCUGGCAGCAUCUUUAUCCACGCAGGCCCCGUGCCGCCACCGUGAAGUGGCGGUCUCUUUGUACACCCGCCUCGGUGCCAUUGACGACUGAAGAAUUUCCUACAAAGCUUGACCUCGAGACCGAGUAUGAUUCGUCGGACUACGAUGUCACAUUUGAAAACCCAAAUGAAAUGCAAGAGAUGCCGGAAUCACGCGACACACUUCUCAGAGAGAUGCUUGCCCUACGCUUCGCACAUGGAUACCAAUUGGUGGUUGGCUCGGCUUUGGUAGAAGCGGUCGGCCCAGGUACAUGUGACAGCUCAGCAUUUUUCACUCCUGAUAUCAUCCGGCCAGAUGGCUCCUUCAUUUUCUUGUCGAUGGGCAACACAAUACAACGUCUAUCGCUUCAAGAAUCUGACCGUAUUCGCGUCACAAAAUACGUACGUCGUCCCCGUGUUGUGCAACCACCUCUACCGACCCAGAUCAGUUACCAUCCUAAUAUUAGGACAAUUCUCUCUGAGUCCUACAACAUACGUGACAUGCUUUUUGAUGGCUUCCAGGAACAAUAUCCAUGGGAAAAAGCCGACAACUUCUUGAGUGAUCUCAAGAAACAAGCAGAUCCUGACGUCAAGGCAUUACGUUUUUGGCGUGCUCGAUUCGUCUUGAUUCCAGUCCAACCACCAACUAAUUCUUGGAGGCCGACAACCUCAGAAAGCGAAGAAACCGAGGAGGAAAUUCAUCUGCGAGGGAUUCGUGCUCUGACACAAAUGUGGCAAAAGGCACGGUACGUUGCACCAGACGAACGAAGGCCAGCACACAAUAGGAUAAGUUCGAUGAAGAGAAAAGAUCGAAAUCCCCUCCGGAUCACACUGGAGACUUUGAACCCUUCCGAGCUGGUAGCCACAGAAUUGGAUAAGUUGUUUGCCGCUGAGGAAGCAGGUGAAAUCCAAACCACACAACUUCUACCUGAGAACGAACAAUUUGAGCGAGAGACAUUCAAAAUGCCAAAGCUGGCACAGGCGUUGCAGAGCGAUAAGGGGAUCGAAAUAAAGAACAGACGUUGGCAUCUGCGCCUACAUUAUAGUUGCUUCCAAGGAGAAGACCUGACCAAUUGGCUUGUUCACAACUUUCGUGAUAUUGAUACACGUGAUGAGGCAGUGGAAUUCGGCAAUGAUUUGAUGAAAGAGGGUCUUUUCGAACACGUCAACAGCCGUCAUAGGUUCAAAGAUGGCAACUAUUUCUAUUCAAUCAAACCUGACUGGCGAACUUCCCGACCAGAAGUUCGACAGUCGUGGUUUCCUGGCACGAGUCGAAAAUCCGAUCGUUCUAUCCCUCCCACACCACUUAAUGAGUAUGGUGGCAGGGAGUUUCUUACUGGUCGCUCUCGCUCAGGGUCAAACUUGGUAGGUCAAGCUCAGGUCUCAUCUGAAUUGGCCAAAUCCUUUGGCGAAAAGAAGCAUCGUUCGAUUACACUGAGUAAGAUCAUUCGAAUCGAUGUUGAUUCGCGGAAACGAUCCAGUCAUCCUGAAGUCAUCCAUUUACACUAUGAUCGCCUCCACAAUCCAGAGAACUGCUACCAUCUUGAACUUCAAUGGUUGAACGUCACUUCAAGACUCGUCGACGAUGCAGUCAUGUCUUGGACCACCCAAGCUGAGAAAUAUGGCUUGAAACUUGUUGAAGUUCCCAUAGCGGAGGCCAGUAAGGUUCCCCUUGAUGAACCUUUCCGCGCAUAUUACCGGAUAAAGCUUGCGUUGGAGCCACCACAGCGGAGCUCCAUCUCAUUCUCCACUGUAUAUUUCACCGCAACAUCUUUCACUCCACAAGCCAACCCUCCCAAUACGGACGUUCAUAUCUAUCAGAAGGCAUUACUAAAGCACUUCAAUUUCGUUCUCGACCUCGAGGCUGUGUCCGAGUUUCCAGAAAAUGUAGAGAUUCGGUACUCUUGGGGACGUCUAGACUAUCGGUAUACCCAAUUUGUUCAUCGCUCCGGCGUUGUCCUUGCACAAAUCACAGAUAACGGUGAUAUUUUACUGCUAGCCAAUCGUCUCUACAACUCACGCCUGGCUGGUGGAAAGGAAGAGCGAUCGAGAUUCGAGAACCUGAAGAAAGAAGGAACCCCUAACGCCAGCAAAGAGGGUUUACUACUACGACCACAGCCAAGCACCAACCAAAGCCAGAGCAGUUCAAGCACAACCUUUGGCCCAACGAGCAUGUCCGCGUCGGGCAUCAUCGCACUGAACGUGGCGAGUCCCCGAUCGGGCCCCUUCGCCAGUCCACUCAUCAAACCAAUCAACACAGCCAUGAGCUCCUCCACAACCAUCAACACCACCAACAACCCCUAUCCCCUCGGUCCAUCGCCCUCCUCCACCUCAACGACCCCAGCAACAGCAGGCCCCAACAGCACCACCACACCCGCCUCAGGCGGCAUUCUCGCAGACUCAUUCGGCUCGCGGCGGGCACUAAUCGCCUUAGGAUUCUCACACUACGUGACGCCCGAGCAGAUCAAAGACGACUUCGAAUCGUUCUGCAACGACAAAGACCGCCUCGAGAUCUUCUACCGCGAAGUCACGGCCACACUGCCCGGUAACGGCGCGGCAGCACAGGGGGUCGGAGGUCCAGGCACGGCGUCUACGGUGGGCGAGAAGCGGCGGUCGGGCGGCACGAGCAGCAGCAUGCUCCGUCCGAUCCGUGAGCCGGCGAGCGGUGAGGACAUCGCCAUCCCUGAGUUCAACCUGCCCGAGGCCGUCAAUGUACAUUUUCCUAGAAGGGGGGCGACGAACUGA